AUGCUUCCCAGGCUCAAAGAUGGCGGUCCAAACGGUGCUGGCUCCGUUGGGAGUCCCAACGGACGCGCCCAGAGCUUGGCAUCGCAAGUGAUUUUGCCAGACGACGCCGCCUAUAAGGGGGUGGACAUCGAAAAGCUCUACGAAAGCGUGUUGAAGGUGUACAUUCUAGAAUAUGUGAACGAAGCCCGUUUCAGAACUCCCAUAGUCGAGCCUCGGUUGACGUCCACCACCUCUGGUGGAUCGGGAGGCUCCGGCAGCACCGGAUCCGGCAAUAAUGCCUCCAACUACUCCAAAUACUACCGAAGCUCCAAGGUCUUUGAUGUGCAAGAUCCCAAGCUUCCAAGCUACUUGCUCUCAAGCCUUGAAUCGAAACUUAAUGUGAUAGCGAUGAAGAAUGGAGGAAACUACGACGAUAUGACCAGAAGAUCAUUGUUGCGAUUCUACAGCGAGCUUCUAGAUCCCACAUUCAAGAACGACAUCUUGCGAGUGAACAAGCCAGAGUACUUGGUGAUGAAGUUCGUCUCGUCUGCCAACAAGGAACUCGUGAAGAUUGGCACUAUACCCUCCAACGAAAUCAGCGAGGCCGUCUUCAAACAAGCUGGCAAGUUUGUGCAAUUGUUGAUUGGAUUGAUCAAGAAGGACAAAGACAGUGAUGCAAUCAUUGCCAAGUUACAGGAAAACAAGGAGUCGCUCAAGCCCAAAAAGCCAGUUUCCGCAGAUACUGGCUCGGAGACUCCUACGAACGUACAGUACCCCAAACCUUCGUUCAAAUUGAACGAUAUGGACCAAAGCAUCAUCAAACUACUCAAGAGCCUCUUCUCAGUGGAUCUGAUCAAAUUGCAGCAAGACAUAAAUAAAUGGAAGACUUUGGUGCUGCAGAAAACUUUGCAUAAAGAUCUCCAACAGGUGACGUUUUACUUGGGAAAGAACUUGGGCCAGUUAUCGGCCAAGAACUUUGAAACUACAGACGCAUACCAUGACUGGAAGAAUCGAGAGGAAGAAUCAUGCAACCAAUUGUUGAAGAAAUACCAAGUCCCUCCAGCUAUGAGAUUGUUACCCGUGCCAGAAAUCCCUUCGGGAGAAGAUUUCUAUGUGUUACCAAGAACCCAAGCCCUCAAAAAAUACUAUGUGGUUUUGGUCAAGUUGUGUUUUGAGUUGGAGCUUAAAGAAAGCUUCAAUAGCAUUUCGGAUCCCGAUAAACCAUUGUUUCCAAAAACUUCUUCCAACCUUUUGACAACUUGUGCCAGAGUGUGGAGAAUAAGUGUGCCAACAAGGGCAGUUGCAAUUUUUACAGCCGCAACAUUGACAGGUAUAACCAAGGAUAAGUUGAUCAACGAUCCAAGCGAACUUGCACCUAUAGAUUUGGAGGCAUCCAAGAAAAUAUUUCAUUUGUGUAAAAUCACAUUGGAAAACGGUGAAAUGGACUGGGAAGAUAAAUCUGUAUGGUCCAUCCAGGAUCAAGAAGAAUGGGUCAAGAACUUGAUGAGCACAUAUAAUGAAACCUUCUUUUCCAUCAAAGAUUCAUUGCUGUUGAUUUUCAGCAAAACCGUGAAGCCCAAGUUUGGUCCAUGCUUGACAUUCUUAGGUGAAUAUUUGGAAUCAGACAGUCUUUUCCCCAAAAUAGAACAAUCGGGAUUGGUUAAAAAAUGGGAGAAAAAGCUUUCCAAAGCAUUGUUGAGGUACUCCGAGGUUCGUUACGCUGAGCUUUUGGCGAAUUUACCUCGUGAUGACACAUUGAGCAUCAUACAUGUACUCAAUAUUUGUGAUAGUAUGAUUGAAGAUAUAAAAAUGCUUCAGAAAAGGUACAAGAACCCACUUUUGGGCUUCUUGGAUGUCAAGAGAACUGUGGCUGCCGUCGUCAUUGCUAUGUUUGCUGCUGAUGCCAAAAAUAUUUUGAGGCACAUUGAUAGCUAUGCUAAGAACAAAGGAGAAUUUAUACCCUAUGGAGAUGCUUUGGAGGUUUAUAGGGCUCUUAGCGAAAUCAGGAGUAUUUAUGCACAGGUCGCCACCUCCAAGUCUAAGUUUCAAUUUGAUUUGGAGAAGUUCUUCUUCCCAUUCCUAGAAUCUUGGGUUGAGGAGAGUGGAGAAAAGAUUCAGGGUAUUGUCGAGCAGGCAAUCAAGAAUGAUAAUUACGAGGCCAUUAAUCUUGAAUUUGACGAUAAGAAGUUUUCGUCAGCAAUUCUAGACAUUUUUACUCUCAUAAAGGAGUUUUUGAAGAUAUUGAAUGGCUUGAAUUGGGCCAAUGAGUACCAUUUGUCAAAGGUGUUUACUACGUUAUUGAAGAGUAUAUCUGAUGGUGCUCUCUACUAUGCCAAUCACAUUUCAGACAAGAUUAUGAAAGAAUUGGAUGAAGAGGAACAAAGGAAGUUGGCGCAGCAGGAAGAAGAUGCUAAAGGUGAUUCGAAAAAAACUGGCAGUAACUGGUUUGAUGAAGUGAAAAAUGUGGUUUCCAACAUGAACAACAAUCCCAGCAAAUUGCUCUUGGAAGAGCCAUACAAUUUCAUGCCAAAGACAUGCGUAGCUUUGAACAAUUUGUCGGCUAUGAUGCAACAGCUUACGAAAUUAGAAGACGUUUUGGAUCCUGAAAUGAUUUCCCAAUCAGUUGCUGCAUUCGAUCCUAAAUCACAGCACCAGUACACCAGUCACAUCUUCUCGUUGAGGCUUAUCAAAGCAGAAAAUUUGAGACCAUCGGUAUCAUCCUCGUCCUCAACUAGCUUGCGGCCAUUUGUAACAUUAAUUGACACCAAGGCCAAGAGAACCAUCGGCAAGACCAGAACUAUCAAUAACACCGCAGACCCGGAGUGGGAUGAAGAGUUUGAAUUGACUCUCCCUCCAAAUUCAUCAUUAACAGUUUCUGCUACCGUGUGGAAUGAGAAGUUCGGUGGUUACUCAGUAUGUGGAAGGGGUUUGAUCCAGCUUGAUCCGAGAAGAUUCAAGCAUGAUGGUAUUCCACAGGAAAUAUACUUGGAUUUGGAUACUCAAGGAAGAUUGCUAGUCGAAGUUGCAGUUGAAAGUGAAAGGGCAGAUGCCAUUUUCGUAAUGGGAAGAGCACAUAGAACCCUAAAAAGAUGUCAGGAACGUUGCAUUAAGCGUAUUGUUGAAAAGGUGUCCAGAUUUAUACACUAUUGCUUCUCUAGAGCAAACUUGAAGUCAAUUUGUGGCAAUAACGGCCAACUUAAACCCACACAAGAUCAAAUGGACAACGCCAUGAUGCCGUUAUACAAUUAUUUAAACAUGAACCUCCAAGUGCUAGCCGAAUUCUUGACAAAAGAUCUAUUGUUGAAGGUCAUGUUGGCAGCUUGGAAUGUGGUAGUUUCGUCUGCAGAUGUCUUACUAUUACCAAAGCUUUCCAGUGCAAAGACCUUGAACUUGCCAAAUUUUAACUCCAACUCGAAUGGGGCAACCGGUGGUGGUUGGCAAUCUGCUGUUUCAUCCGCAGUAGCAAACGUUACCAAUUCUAUCGGUAUUAUGGGUUUUGGGAACCAGCUCACGAACAACGAGUUGGAAACUGUGUUCUCGUGGCUCAACUUCUUAUGCUUCGAUUUCUUCCACAAUGAUGGGAAUGGUCCACCUGUCAGGGAUUUGAAGAAUGAGCAAUACCAAGCAUUAUUGCUCCUUCCAGUUUAUUACGAUAGGGAUGUCCACUUUUUAACUCAAGAAGUGGAGAGGCUUUCGCCUGCGUUCGUCAGAUCACUUCGUGACAGGAAUAAUUUCGAUAGUGACCAUACCACUACGGACGAAGACCAUCCCAAGAGAAGUCUCUCUAGAGCCGGUAGCAUCUAUAGAAACAAGACAAUUCUGGCCAAUGCUACUGCCAAAGCCAGAGCACAAGCUGCAAAAGAUGCUCAAGAGGCGAGAUCGGAUCCGAUUGCUGCUCAGACAUUGGCUGAAGAUAUUAUCUUAAGACUCUUGAUCUUGAGGGAUGAAAAAGCAUUUGUGGCACGGAGGCUAGAUCAAAGAGAGAGGUUGGCCAGAAGCAUUGCUACCGAGAGAUUAGCAAGGGCCGCAGCAGAGGGAAGGUUUCAUUAA